UUUUGUUAUCUUUUUCUUUUUCUUUUUUAUUUUAUUUCGUUUCAUUUUAUUUUAUUUUAUUUUUUCGUUUAGAUAGUAUUCAUAGAAUUGCCAUGACAACACCAGAAGAAGAAUUAGAAUAUUCAGAAAAUAUAUGCCAUAGCUGUCAAAAAAUAUGUAAACAUGGUGACCCGUUAUUAAUAAAAGCCCUAGGAAAUGUUUACCAUCAAGAAUGCUUUAAAUGUGAUUUUUGUCAAGUGUCUGUAAUAGAGAAAUUUUAUUUACUUGAAUUAGAUAAUAACUUGAUUCAUCAUCAACAUAAUAUCAUUUUAUGUGAGAAAGAUUAUUAUAAGCAUUCUCGGUUUAAAUGUCGCCAAUGCCAUGAAGAUAUUAAAAACGACAAUUUUCAAGUUAUCGGCACUUAUAGAUAUCAUCAACAUUGUUUACAUUGUCCUGGUUGUACAGUUCUUAAAACGUUACCGAUACAUGUUAAAACAGGACGUGAGGAGCUGCCGAUAAAGGAAUAUUUUGAUUAUAAUGGACGACCUUAUUGUCGAUAUCAUUAUUCGUUAAUCAAAGGCACAGAAUGCUUUGGAUGUGGACAAGCUAUUCUUCAAUCGGAACUAAAUCAGAAAUGGCACCUAGAAUGCUAUAAAAUUAAAAAGAUACUCUUAAGCCACUUCACCAAUCCGCAUACAAAAAUGAAAAGCAAUUAAUAACUAUUCAAAAUGAAAUUGAAUCAAAGAGAGUUCGAAUAUGGAAGGAAUUAAGCCAAUUUGAAGAGAAUAUAUCUAAUUUGAUUUCAACUAUUGUUAAAAAUAAACAACUAAGCAAUCUUAAAGAAGAGUUUCAAGCUUGUCAAUUCUUAGUAAAACAGAUAAAUGUCAUCUUCACUGUUC